AGUUUAAUAUUGAAAAUCUAAAAAUAAAAAGUUGCUCAAUUUUUUUUAAAAUAAACCUAAAAUAUAAUCAUAAAUAAUGCAAAUCUCGGAAAAAAAAAACAAAUCCUUUACUCCACUUAACACCCAAACAUUAUUUUUUGGAUUUAUUACCAAAAAUGAAAUGGUCUUUCCAAAAAAAACCAUGGUUGCCUCUCCCAAAAAACCUUCUUCCACUAAACGCAAAACCACCAAACGCAAAACUCUCACCACCACCACCACCACCACAACCACUACUCUAUCUCCUCUAAUUACCGCCAUAACAACUUCCCUCACAUCUUCUCACGCUUUCUUCCACACCCACGAUCUUCAUCUUCAUCCAUCUCACUCUCUCUCUCUUCAAUCUUCUCUCUCCUCUGCUUUUCUUUCUCUCUCUAAACUCCAAUCUCUUCUCCACCUUCAACCCCAUUUUCAUGUCCCACAAAAUUCCCUAUUUUCCCACUGUUGGUUUCAAAGAUUUCUCCUUUCUUCUUCCUCUGAUGAAGAUCCUAGGUGGGUUGAUUUCUUCCGUAUGUCAAAACCCACAUUUUAUCUUUUAAAUUCCACGCUUUUUGAUUCUCUUUUAUCUUCUUUACCUUCGUCGAUUUCUCCUGAAUUUGCACUUGGGGUUGCUAUUUAUAGACUUGCUCAUAAUGGGUCGUUUUCUUUUUUGGGUAAAAGAUUUGGGUUUAGCUCAGGUGAUGCUUGUAGGGCGUUUUAUGUUGUUUGUAAGGUAAUUUGUGAUCGAUUGGGUGGGUAUUUGGGUGGGUUUGGGUCGGAUUUAGGGAGAAUUUUGGUGGGUUUUGAGCGGAUUUCAUUGAUUAAUUGUUGUGGGGUUUUAGGGUUUGAGAAAUUUGCAUUUGAAGGGGAGUUGUUGGGGAAAAAUGGGUUUUUGAUGGUUCAAGCUUUGGUUGAUUGUGAAGGAAGAUUCUUGGAUGUUUCUGCUGGUUGGCCUAGUACAUUUAACCCGGAUUCGAUUUUACGACAAACAAGGUUGUUUUUGGGUGUGGAGAAAUUCAAAGAGGUGUUGAAUGGUCCAAAAGUUGAGCUAAUUGAUGGGAAUUUGAUACCUCAGUAUAUAUUGGGUGAUUCAUGUUACCCUUGUUUGCCAUGGCUUUUGACUCCUUUUGUGAGGAGGGGUGAGGGGGGUGAUUUGAGCUUAAGCGAAAAGGAGUUCAAUGAGGUGCAUAAGAGGGCAAUGGGGUUUGUGAGGGGGGCGUUUGGGAGGGUUAGAGCUAAUUGGCAGUUGCUUAAUAGGAGGUGGAAAGAGGAGUCUAUUGAGUUUUUGCCUUUCAUUAUCAUCACUGCUUGUGUGCUGAAUAAUUUUUUGAUGAAGCACGGAGAAAUAUCGAGCUAUGAUGAUGACUUGAGUAGUGUCCUGGAGCAGGAAACACCGGUUUAUGAUGGUGAGGUUGAUGGGAGUGCAACGAGGAGUAGGGAUUUGCUGGCAUUGCAUCUUAGUCGGGUAAGACAGGAUAACUGAAUCUUUCUUAUGUAGAACACCUAAUUUGGCUAGCUGAUAAUUUGUUUAGUUAGCUUCUGGAAAUGUGAAUGUUCUUCCCUUCUUUGGUCUAAUGUAAGUGUUAUCUUCUGUCAUCAAUUUGACUUGAUGAUGAUUUGUUCA